AUGGCAGAGGAAGAAGAAGCUUUUUAUUUUAUUUUUUUCUCCUAUCCAGGUGUCAAACUUCUGUUGAAUGGGCUUUGCUCCAACACCACAGUCAAAUCUUUGGAUUUGAAGGGGAAUAACCUGCGAAUUGCAGGAGCGGAGGCUUUGGGAAAACUUCUUAGGCAGAAUCAGUCCAUCAGGAGCUUAAUCUUGGAAUGGAACAGCCUGGGCGUGUGGGAGGAGGGCUUCUCCUUUUUCUGCCAGGGGCUGGCAGCAAACAGCUUUCUCCAGCGGCUAGAUCUGCGCAACAACCAGAUCAACCAUCAAGGGGCAGGAGAGCUGGCCAUGGCACUGAAACGAAAUGCCAGCCUACAGGAGCUGGAUUUGCGCUGGAAUAAUAUUGGGCUUUUGGGUGGCCGAGCUUUGUUGAACUGCCUGCACAGCAAUAAGACCCUGAAGAAGCUGGAGCUGGCAGGGAACAAUGUUCCCAGUGACAUCCUGAAGGCUGUGGAACAAGCCUUGGAUCACAACCAAGACCGUCAAACAAUUCUCAGUGAGACCCACAGUAGAACCCGUGUGCUCAGCAACGAGGUUUUGAGUCUGAGGAAUGAGAAGGCCAAGCAGUUCUUAGAUUUGAUGGACACCAUAGACAAACAGAGAGAAGAAAUAGCCAGGAGUAGCAGGAUGUCUACAGCACGAGUCAGCCAGCUGCAGGAAGCACUGGAUGAGCAGCACUCUAUUAUGAAUUCACUGAAAGCCAAGCUGCAGAUGACUGAAGCUGCCUUGGCUCUGUCUGAGCAGAAGGUGCACAACUUGGGAGAGCUGCUCAGUGCCAUGAAACAGGAGCAAACUAGCGUGGCUGAGCGCCACCUUAAGGAGCUCCAGCAGCAAAAGCAGGAAGGUGCUGAUCGGGAAGGCAAGCUUUCCCGGGAAUUGUCUGCUGUCAGUGAGAAGAACCUGCUUCUAAGAAACCAGGUGGAUGAGUUGGAGAAGAAGUGCAAAGUCCAACAGGAUCAGCUCUUUCAGGUAAAACAAGACUUGACCAACACAACAGCAGAGUUGAAGCUUCGGGCUGUGCAGGCUGAGGAACGCUUAGAAGUGGAGAAGAGAAAAUUUAAGCAAAGCCUUGAAGACAUGGAAUCCCUUCGGUUAAAAGAGGUGGAUCGUAUGACACAACAUGUUGAGGCCAGCGAACGUGCUUUGCAAGAGAGGAUCCAGAGGCUGGAGGCCAUGAGGAUAGCUCUGGAGGAGGAGCUGAGCCAAGUCAGAGCAGCUGCGCUUACUGAGCGAGGCCAGGCAGAAGAGGAGUUAAUAAAAGUGCGAAAUCAGACACGGUUGGAGGAGCAACAACGACUAGAGCACCUACAAGAAAAGCUGCGGCUGAUGACCGAGUCAAGGGAUGAAGCUCAGAACUGUUACCUUAGACAAAAACAAGUGGUUGGUGAGGUCCAAGCAAAGGCCAACCAGUUGAGCCUGCAUGCUGAUGGGCUCAGAAGGCAGAUAGAGGAACUUCAGCAGGAUCUGAACAUUAAGGAACAGGAGAAGGUGACAGAGGUGAACAAAGUAAAAGUGGAGCUACAGGAGCAGAUUGGACACCUGCAGGCUGAACGAACAGCACAAGAAGGUCUUAGAGAGAAGAUUGCCGCCCUGGAGAGACAGCUGAAAGCCCUGUCAAGUAAUCACCGAGAGGCACUACUGGACAAAGAAGGUGAAAUCUCUGUACUGCUGGAGAGGCUGAGAAUGAGAGAGGCGGAGAUUUCCAGGAUAAGGGAAGAAGAGGCCCAGCGUGCAAGCUUCUUGCAGAAUGCCAUCAUGGCUUAUGUGCAGGGUUCCCCCUUAGCACCCCUCAGUGCUAGGAAAUGA